AAGGGAACGCACGCAGUCGAUCUCUGCCAGAAAAACGCGACGGGUGAAACGCAACACUUGGAAAAAAAAAAAUCGCUCGACCUACAUAUACAAACUACCAAUCAAUCAAUUCUCAAAAUAAAUCUGCGAACCAAUUAUUUUUUUUGCUGUUGGAAAUAAAUAUCAGUGCCGAAAACAAUAAACUACUGAAAAAGCACCCACUACAAAACCGAAAAAGUAAGGGGCAAGUCCAAAUCAGACAAAGAAGAUGCUCAAGUGGGCCGUCAACCAGCCACGACCCUCGUACUUGGCCAGGGAUGAGGCGAUGGCCACCAGCAGCGAGGCGGUCGGCUCCAGCUACAGCGAGUUCCACGCCCUGCGUGGCAAACUCAAGAGGAAGUCGAUCGGAGUGGCGCCGGGCAAGGAGAACCAGCUGACCUCCACGCCGCUGCCGGCCAGCUCCAGCCUCCAUGCCCGCACACCACUGCUCAAGGACCUCAGCAACAUCCUGGCCACACCGCCAUCGGGAGGAGCAAGUGGCGCCAGUGGGGCAACUGGAGGAGCAGCUGCUGUUCCCCUGAAGUUCGCCUGCACACUGCCCACCUUCGAGGCGGAGUACUCGCCCAAUGCCGCCGUCAUCCCUGGCUCCCUAAUCGCCCUGCGUGGCAUGGGCAUCCCGGACAGCUACUUCGAGAAGCCGCGCUACCUGGAGCAGAAGCCACUACCACAUCCGCAUCCGCAUCCAGCUCCUCCGACCGGGGAACAGAAUACGCUCAGUUCCAGCCAGAUGGGCGAUGUGACCCUGGAGCGCAUGAUCGAUGCCAUCCUCGAGAGCAACCGCAAGGUGCUGCCGAACGCCAGACAGCACCAGCAUCAGCACCGCCAGCCCAGGCAGCAUCUCCGCCAGCGGCACAGGCUCAGGCAGCAGGUGCUCCGGAGCAGCCAUGGACACGGGCACGGCCCCACCCAGACGCCAUCGCCCACCUACCGCCCCGCCUUCGAUCCGGCCAGCGAUCUGUGCGAGUACUGGAAGUCGCCCUCGCGGAGGGAUUCCCUGCCAGCGGACGGCUUCGAGGAGCGGGAGGUGCGCUCCCCCGUGCCCACCGAAUCCGAAUCGCAGGAUGCCAAGCGGCACUCCCUGCAGCUGCGCAGGCAGCGGGUGGUGCGGCGCAAGCGGAAGAUCACCACCAAGAUCUCCUCCAGCGUCAGGCAGUCGGCACAGAAGCUGCUCGCAGCGGCCAGGUCCGGAUCUGUAGCAGCUCCCGCCCAGAAGAUGCGCCACAUCAGUCCGGACAGUGGGCACAAUUCCACCAGCGACUGCGAGCUGGAGGAGGAGCACUGCCAGCUGAGUCGCGGCCUGGAGUUGGGUGGCGAGGAGCUGGAGGACGCCUGUCAGCUGGAUGCCAUGUGGCUGCAAGUGCAGGCCAGAGACGCAACGAAGAGACGCCUCAACUUCUCCCUAGUGGAAGAAAGCUAAUCCUCAAGGAUAUUCCUAUACCAUAAGCAUAAGACAUUUUUUUCAUAGCCCUAAGAACGUUUUUUUUUUUAUUACCAUUUUUUGGCCAGAAUAAAUCAUUUGGAAUGCAGAA